CACUAGCGGCUGCCAUGUCUCGGGAGGCUGGCUCCUGCCGUCUGGGGGCCGGGGCCAGGGUGCGCUCCCGAAAGCCCAAGAAGCCGCACUACAUCCCGCGGCCGUGGGGGAAGCCCUACAACUACAAGUGCUUCCAGUGCCCCUUCACGUGCCUGGAGAAGUCUCACCUCUACAACCACAUGAAGUACAGUCUCUGCAAGGACUCCCUCUCCCUGCUGCUAGACUCACCAGACUGGGCGUGCCGCCGGGCGACCCCCUCGCCCAGGCCCCGGGCCCCCAGCCCCGCGGGCCCCCGGGCUCCCCCGGAUCCAGACAGCCAGCCCGCCGUGUCCAGCCUCGUGGCUACUGACGGGCCCCCCCAUGCCCCCAAGGCUGGGACAGAGGGGCCCCCAGGGGCCCUGCCGGCCCUGGCUCGGCAUGUCCUGAAGGGUCCUGGCCCUGGUGGUGAGCUCCUGGCAGAGUCAUGGAAGCCAGGGCCGGGCAGCGGCCUGAGGAGCACGGUGGCGGCUGGGGCCCCUGGGGGGCCUGGGGGCAGUGUCCCCUGCUACCCUCCCCCCGGCCCCGGAGAGUUUGCUGAGGCCCAGGGCCUCCACUUGUCACUGCUAGGCGUCAACUACCCCCUCAGCCCUGGCCUCUUCUCCUACCUGGGGCCCUCCCUGGCCGCGGCUGCCCACGUGCCGCUCCUGGCCUCGGCCAGCCCCCUGCUGCCCCCCACGGCGGCCUUCGCGGCCCCGCAGACCCCUGAGCGCCCGGCCCUCACCCCUCGACUGUUCUACCCACUGCUGCUGGAGCACAGCCUUGGGCUGCCGGCAGGCAGGGCUGCCUCGGCCAAGCCCUCCGGGCCCCCCAAGGGGCUCCCGGGGACUCUGGCUCCUGGGCUACUGAAGAUGCCUGUUGUCCCAGGGCUGGGGAGGUUCUGGUCCCAUGGCACCCCUCGGGGCCCAGGGCAGGAAGGAGAACUGGAAUCGGCGGCUCAGAGAGACCCCCAAAGGCAGCUGGCGCCAGGAAGCAGGCCAGAACACCCGAAGGCCUCCUCCAGCCUGGCGGAGCUCGGGCGCCAGGGCAGCCUGCCGCCCGCGACCCUGCUCUGGCCUGAGAAUGAGGAGCCCGGUGGCCCGGAGGCCCCAGGCCCACAGGGCCCCCUCCCCCAGCAGCCACGAGGCCCAGUGCUGGGAAGCCCGGGGCCCGUGGGUGAAGACCUGACCCGGGCCCUGGGUGACUUUGCCAGAGUGGAGCAGUGCCUGGGGCAGCUGACCCCAGCGGGGGGCCUGCCCCCCCGGCCUCUGCGGGAGCAGCUGGGCAAGAUCCGCCGCGAGCUGCUCACCAUCCACCAGGCGCUGGAGCAGGCUGCCCGGCUGCCAGACGCGCCCCUCGACCUCUCCGUGAAGCGGGUGCCCACCAAGGGACCAGAGCUGCCUACGGCCUGGGGGCUGCCCCCGCCAGGUCCAGUGCCGGCCCCGGGGGCCCCAGAGCGCCCCGGCCCGCUGGGUCCUGCAGCCCUUGAGCCUUUCCCUGGCCACACCACCAAGUGCGAGGCGGACUCCAGCGUGCCACCCCCCAGCCUCCUCCUUCAGCCCCCCGAGGACGCUGCCGGGGGCUGGGGCACCCGGCUCGGGGCUGGGGCCUCCCAGACUCCUAAACACGCCCCGGGAGUGCCUAGCCCCCCGGCAGCGGCUGCUGGUGUGCAGCCCCCUUAGCUGGCCGUCCUGUCCCUCCCGGUCCUGGGCUCCCCGCUCAGGGCUCUCCGGUCUCGGUCUCGUGUGCAUGUGGACUGCCCGCCCCCG